GCUUGUGGGUGUAUGAUACAUGAUUCCUCAACCAAUCACAAACUCAAGAUAUUGUGAGGGUCAUAACUAUAAUCUGAGUGUGUGUUCAUGUACUGGUGAGAGAGACAAGCAAGACAGAACAGUCUAAAUCUCAUACUUGUUGAUCGUCCAGAUCGUGAACCAACAGCAAAGAGAAAGAUGAAGACCUUGGCCAUCCUUGUCCUCUGUGCUCUGGCAUGUGUGUGCCACUCUAUUGGAGAUCGAGAUGAUGAAUCAUGUACAAUACUGUUUCCUCUCUACACAGACUCCUCUACCUCCACUGCCUCAAAGCCUGCUAGUGAGAAAAGAGUGGGUGUGUUUGUUAAGAAGGACCUGGCCUCCACUUUGGUGCGACAGAAGAGAGCCGGCACUGCCCUUGCAGACUUGUCCCUGACUCAGCUGGAGAGUCUGAGGGAGGUGUGCGAGCUUAACUACUGGUGUGAGAACAUGAUGGACACCGCUGGGAUCAUUGCUGCUUACACCGAAUUCUAUGGACCAAUCCCAUACUAGAUGUCAACCCACUGCACAAACCAACUUCCAUUCUGCAAGGCUUUUUGGAGAGAAAUAGUUGUAAUGUUCUGAGGAUGAAACAUCUGAAUAAAUCUAAACAAAUGAAGUAUAAAUUGAUACGGUGUUAGAGGGAGAGCGAGAGAGAAAGAGAGAAAGAGGACAACGAGAAGUUAUCAAGAGAACUAUUUGGUAAUAUUCUGUAGUGUAGUA